UUUAUGUUAAUUUUCCAGGUUGGAAAAACGUCAAAUCAUAUCAUUGAUUUGUGAUCAGCAUAUCAAUAAUAUUGGUGAACAAACCAUCAAUGAAUCGAAAAUCGAUUAUCUGGAAGAGGUUGCAUCUCAAUUUGAUGAGGUUCUUUUCGUUUGCAAAUGGAAACAGACGUUAACAAAUUGCUCAGAGUUUUUCACUCCUAUUAUGACUGAGGAAGGAUACUGCUUCACCUCAAAUUCAUUGAAUCAUUUUGAUUUCUACCACAAAGACGGAUUGAACUCCAAGUACCGGAAGUCGCUGCCGGAUGCGAUCGGCUGGAACCUGGAGGACGGUUACGACCAGUCGGCUGCCGUCGACACUUAUCCGCGACGCGCCAUUGGCUCAGGCAUGAAGUCAGGCCUCACCAUUCUCAUGCUGGCUCGAUACAACGACUUGGACUAUCUGUGUCGGGGUGCUGUGCAGGGAUUCAAGGUAACAUUGCACAACCCAGCCGAGAUCCCGCGAGUUGCUGAGAGAUUCUUCAGAGUGCCGCUCAACCAGGAGGUGGUGUUGGCUGUGAAACCCAACAUGAUGACCACCAGCACCAAUUUGCAGUACUACAGUCCCAAAGGCAGGCAGUGCUUCUUUCCACAUGAACGCAAGUUGGCCUUCUACAAAGUGUACACUCAGCGAAACUGUGAAAUGGAAUGCCUCACCAAUUACACUCAGCGAGCGUGUGGAUGUGUUUCUUACUAUAUGCCAA